CCUUCGGAGUGCGAUCAGUAUCUUUCACAUCAGGAAUUAUGACCGACGCACAUUCUGAAGCUAUUGCUGGAAUCGUAGGCGUUGUAGGCUGCACUGAUGAUGUGGCCCGCCGAUGGUUGAAGGUCAAAAACAACGAUGCAGACGCGGCGCUCAACGCCAUAUUUGAUAAUGAGGAUCUUUCAAAAGCAGAGUCAACAUCAACCGUCACCUGGAACGAGAAUGACUUCAGUGCCGGCCGCGAUGGAACUGCAGCAUUUGGUCCCCAGAACUACGCAUUCAACGAACAGAAUCUGCGUCCAUUAGGACAGAGCGCGGCUCCGACAAGAGGCAACUCACCCGCCAACUCCUUCAGACAACCUGCAAACAGGGACGAUGAAGAUGCUGAUUUACAGAAAGCUAUCGCUGCUUCACAAGGCCAGACUGGUGUUACUCUACCCAACACAAACUUCAAACCUGCGACAGAGAAUCAUUAUGAUCCUAGGCAGUGGUCCUUGACAAUUGCAGACGACCAGCAGGCCAGCGAAAUCAUUCCAGAUUUGGAACCUCAUGAACGUAAGAACGAACCUGGAGAACCUCGUUUCUUGAAACAGCUUCCUUCUGGAGACUAUCUACCCAACCUACUCACUAUUGCGCAUUCUAUCCCGUUCGCACGCAAGGCUUUGUUGGCACCGCACAAGUCGUAUUCUUCCUACGGCUCAGACUCGGAAUGGUGGAAAGGUCAUGGUAUCCGUCUGCCUAAAAUUGUCAGCACUGUCAGUGGCGCGCCUCUGGAGCCAGCCACUACGAGCCAAGACGAAAUGAUUGCAGAGAUGCAGCGUCUGAUGGCAUUAUUGGACGAGAGUACAAGAUCAUAUGGCAGCGCAGACACACUUGUCCGUCUUGCCGAGAACAACAGCGGAUGCAUUCUUGACAGAGUCUUGCAGAAGUGGGAGAAUGCCUACUUGGAUACGAUGGAGCAGUACUACAACGAGAAUAAGUUCUUCGUCUUCCAUUCGUUGAUAGGAACAACGAAUCCUGAAGGCAUGAACACCUCGGAUCUGUACUCACUACCGCUAUUCGUCACCUCCGGUCCUGGAAAUGCAAGUGUUGAUCUGGCUUCCAUCAUGGACGAUACUCUCUGGGAUACCGAUGUCGACGAUGUCAACUUCUACGACAACUUUAUUGAUAGUUGUGCACAAGUUCUACCCAUUCGCCUGACACAAAACGACACCUCCAAGGAAACACUCAAUGUCAUCAUCCCGCCAGCCUUCUACGUCGACAAGUAUCUUAAGAAGAAUGCUGAUGCGACGAGGGAAGUUCGCAAGCAGAUUGCCCACGGCAAGAAGAAGAUCGAGAAGAUUGAGUUGGCUGAGUUCAAGUUGAAGAACUACAGACAUGCUCAGAAAGGAGACUUGGACACCGAGUCGAUGUUGCAGCAUGCUCAAAAUUACUUCUCGGGCGAGAGUAGAAAGAACUUGAUUGAGGAGAGAGAAGGUGCUGGUGCAGGUGGAGAUACUGAUAUCCCUCUACCGCUUGAGCACCACAGCGUAAUAGCUGAGCAGCUACACGCAGUUUGUGUAGAGAUUGAUUCGAAGCUCAAAGCCCUUGAACAAGAAAAGGAAAAGGCACGCAAAGCACUCGCAGAACUCUCGCAAGAGACUGGACUGGCACAAGAAUCUCUCCAGCACAGAUACUCGCUCAGAGGUGUUUCUACCAAAUCACAAGUCACCUACCUCCUCCGCCCACGCGAUCCCUCCGACACCUCCAUGGUCGACGACGAAGACGCACCAGCAGGCACACAGUGGUGGCGCAUCGAAUAUGAUGUCCAAGUCAACGGUGCCAAGGUCAACAAGUCAAAAUCCAGCCAAGACGAUGUAAUCCGCGCCGUAGAGCUCGAACACAACCAAGCUCUGCUCGUCUACGCCAGUGAUGCCGCACUCUCUCCUGAACACCACAUCGAGCUCACUCGUGCCCUCAAAGAGUUCAUCCGCCAUGACGACGAAAACUUUGAUUCUGAGAUGCAGAUGAAUGGAUAUGGACAUGUCAAUGUGUAUCCUGCCAAUGUUGGCCAACGUCGUGGCUCUGCAGACAGUACUAUUGCCAACUUUGGUAACGACGAAGAUCUACCUCCUGCCUACGAGGAUGGAGACGUGGAAUAUGGCCGCAUCCCUAUCGACGAUGGCAAGGACAUCACCAUGAAUGGAGGGGGAGAAAGCCCUCCAGCACAUGAGAUAAGACUUGACAACGAAGAUGUUCAGCACUCAUCAGGAGGAGACAAAGGAGGAGUGGAGAUGAUUGAAAAGACACACGAGGUGCCUUCUACAUUGUACAGGUUCGGCAACGAUGGCUCGAAGACUGCAAAGACGGGAAAUGACGAUGCUAUGACAGGUAUCGCGGCCCAAGAAGAAGAAGUCGACCUGAUCGAUUUUAAGGAUUAGGAAGUACACAUCCGCUUCUUCUCCUGAGUUUUAACUCUCAUCACUAGCAUAAUUUCGAGAUCAGCUGGAUAGUUGAAGAAUAAAUCAUCAUCACUCUCAUCAUUUCUUGCAACGAUCCUUG